AUGUCAUACUCGCGCCCAACUUCCAUAAUACCCGGGGGGCAUCGUCAGCCCUCCCAGCCAUCAUCGGCAUUGGCGACUCGUAUUGCCGCCAAGAAAGCCGAGUUGGAAAAUCUUCGCCAGCUGCGCGAUUUGAGCGGCACCCUGGCAAUGCAAAUGCAGGCGCUCGAAAGCAAGAUUGCCACGUUGAAGGAUGGCACCGAAGCGGUUGCAUGUGUUCUUGCCAAUUGGGACAACGUCCUGCGAGCUAUCAGUUUGGCCUCCAGAAAAGCAAGUGGACUCCCGGGCGAGUCCGAGGACCCUGCGGAGACUCGCCUGCCAGCCACCCUGGUUCGCAUUCCUAACCAAGGGGAGAACGAGUGA